AACACAUUUUCUAGAAGGGAAGUGGAGGCUGAUACGUGACGUUUUGAAAGCUGGAUUUACCCCCCGCUGCGGGCGUUUCUCCCAAGACUGGCACCUUAACAUGGGGCCACGGAACUUGCUUGCUUUUGCAGUUUGUUUGGAAGUUCUUAUGACCUAACCUCUCCCAAGGAGCAUGAGGGCACAGUUGGACUGCAACCUUGUAUGUUGUAUGUUAAAGCGUUUACCGCCUGCUUAACUUGUCGGCAAAUUUUCUGUUCCUUUACAUUUCUCCGAAGAACUCCCGUGCAUACUGUAAACUUUUCAUACUGUGAACUACGUCAAUGCAACAAAAUGAAAGGGGCCAAAAUAUCUGCUUUCUGAAAGUUACAAGUGCUAAAAAGCUUUUUUUUUCUACAGUAACGGCUUCUGGUCUUGCAACUCCUCCAUGCCCACUACAAUAGCUCAAAGAAAUGGAUAAUCAGCUAAUGCGACAUAAUCCUUUAUCCAUCAAUUAUGUUCUGCUGCGAUCGUGUUUACAACUAAGGAGGGGACAGACAAGUAAAUAUAUAUUUUUUUAAAGCCUAAAACAGGAAUGAAGAUGAAUAUUCUGAGAGAGUGGUUCUCGCUGCUGCUGCUAGGUUUCACCGCGUGGCUUAAAUACGGCUCAGAAUGGGUGCGGUGGGUUUUUCGGCGCUGGACAUUGGACCCCGAAGGUCGGGGUGCUGACCACAGUGAACACAGGAAAUCUGAGCUCUGGCAAACUGACGUGGCAUCCAGAAUCUUCUCCUGCGGAGAUGGGCCCAGGGUCACAGUGCAGACCAGUACACACGCUUUCCAAGCGGAGCUGGGCCGGCUGGCGGAGGCGAGUGAGUACUUCAGGGCCCUGUCGCGGAGCAGCAUGAGGGAGACCACGGAGAGGCUGGUUCACCUGGAUCACGUGCCCGCUCGUGUCCUCCACAACCUGCUGCAGUUCAUCUUCUCCGGCCGUUUCAGUGUGCCCGACGGGGAGCUGGGACUGCACCUCCAGAUGGGCAGCUACCUGCUGGCGCACGCCUUUGUGUCAGAGUGCCUCAGCCGUCUCUCCAGCGUCUUAACCCCGGAGAACUGCGAGGCCCACCUGGCCUUCGCCCGGGAGAUCGGCUGCCUGGAGAUGCAGGAGACAGUGCAGGGGUACCUGAGCAGGAACCUGCUGGAGCUGGGCCCCCUGACCGCCCGCUUGGAGCCUGGCGAGCGGGAGGAGCUGGCGGGGCUCCGGCUGUGCGGGGCCCGGCGGCUGUGCGGACUGAGGAAGGAGAACCUGGCCUCAGGGAGCCGCUCGGAGACGGAGGCCGCCCGGCGUCUCUACAGUCUGGCGGGGGAGGGGUGGCGGGCGGAGGCCCCGCUCCCGUUUGCCGCAGACAAGUGGUGCUUCACCACCGCCGUGCUGCACAACUACCUCUACCUCAUCGGGGGCUACAGGCACAAGGUCGGGCGCGGGUACGAGUUUAAGAUGGCCUCCUUCAGAUACAACCCCUUGACCCACAGCUGGGCUUCCACCGCACCGCUCAUCAAGUGCAGACGGCACUUCAGCACGGCCGUGUGUGAGGGCCGGGUGUUCGCCGUGGGCGGCUGGUAUCUGGACUCGCUGGUGACUCCGGACUGCAGCACGGCGCUCUUCGCCGCCGUGGAGCGUUACGACCCCUGGGCCGACUCCUGGGCCUUCGUCUCCUCCCUGCCGCUCGGCGACCUCCGCUUCGCCAUGUCGCUCUCCCACGACAUCCCGCUGGCCGCCGCCCUGGGGCACUGCGUCUACGUGAUGGGGACGCUCCAGAGGACCGGGGAGAAGCUUGUGCUGCAGUACGACGUCAGACGAGAUUCCUGGUCAGAACUGCUCCCCACCCUCACCCGAACCGACGCCGAAAUCCCCAGCCUGUACUUCCUGGGGGCGACCGACAGGCUAUUUGUGAUUGGCGGGACCAACUCGGAGAAUGUGGUGACCUCACGGUGUGUGGAAGCCGGGCGGUGGGGGAGGCCGCGCACCACUGAGAAGACAUGGCUUGCUGGCCAGGGGACGGUCCUUGACGAUGAGGUCUACAUGUCGGACAUAGAGCACCACUCCAUCAUCAAACUCAACCUCCACUCUCUCGCUGUCCAUCGCCUCCCUCCCUUCCCAAUCUCCACCAGCUACGAGGCCCUUUUCCAUCUGCACUUCUAA